UGAACUGAACAUUUGAUCCAACCGCGCCGUGCAGGAAGAAGUUUCGAGAAAAUUCAGAGAAUCAGAGGCGAAGAAGCAUUGAGAAGCACGAGAAGAGAAGACAGUUUAUUACAAUCUGUCUGACCACGCGAGUGCAAAUAACGACGCAGAGUGCUAGUGGAGAUAAAGAGUUUCUCUAUUAAAGCAGGUCGUAUUCUUGGCUUUUCCCUUCUUCGAAAAGAAUUUUCUAAUUGAGUCAGAAACUUAAAGAUCGAGAAUGGUGAAGGAAACUACCUUCUACGACGUCCUGGGUGUAAAACCCGGAUGUACACAAGAAGAUCUCAAGAAAGCCUACAGAAAGCUGGCUUUGAAGUAUCACCCUGACAAAAAUCCCAAUGAAGGCGAGAAGUUCAAACAAAUUUCACAAGCUUAUGAAGUUCUAUCCAACCCGGAGAAGAAACGCAUUUAUGAUCAAGGUGGCGAACAGGCUUUGAAAGAAGGUGGUGGACCAUCUGGUUCGUCUCCUAUGGACAUCUUUGAAAUGUUCUUUGGUGGUGGCAGAGGAAGAGCAAGAGGCCGAAGAGAACGCAAGGGGCAAAAUGUAAUUCACCAACUUUCAGUAUCUCUCGAAGAACUGUACAAAGGAACUGUGCGAAAACUAGCGCUUCAAAAGAACGUGAUCUGUGAUAAAUGUGAAGGUGUCGGUGGAAAGAAAGGAGCUGUAGAACAAUGUAGCAAUUGCAGCGGCACGGGUAUGACUGUACAAGUUGAACAAUUGGGGCCAGGAAUGCUACAACGAUUGCAGUCAAUAUGUACGGAUUGUCAGGGCCAAGGAGAGCGUAUUAAUCCCAAAGAUCGAUGCAAGCAGUGCAGCGGCAGAAAGACGAUUCGAGAUCGGAAAAUUUUGGAGGUUCAUGUCGAUAAGGGCAUGGUUGAUGGACAAAAGAUUGUUUUUGGUGGAGAGGGUGACCAAGAACCUGGAUUGGAGCCUGGUGACAUCGUGAUUCUUCUUGAUGAAAAGGAACACGAAAUUUUUAAGCGCAACGUAAAUGACUUGAUAAUGCGCAUGCAGGUGGAAUUAGUGGAAGCUUUGUGUGGAUUCCAGAAAGUGAUUCGGACUCUCGACGGAAGAGACUUGCUAGUAACAUCACUGCCUGGGACAGUGGUUAAACAUGGUGACUUGAAGUGCAUUCUGAACGAGGGAAUGCCAGUGUACAAAGAUCCGUUCACGAAAGGUAGACUCAUUAUCCAGUUCGUGGUGAAUUUCCCCAAGGCGAUUGAGCCAACGGUACUUCCGGCUUUGGAACAAUGCUUGCCACCAAGAGAAGAAGUCAUGAUUCCUGACAACGCCGAGGAGUGCAUGCUCACAGACUUGGACCCGGAGCAAGAGGCAAGGCGGAGAGACACUCGUCCAGCCUAUGAGGAAGACGAGGGCGGACCUUCUCGUGUGCAAUGUGCCACUCAGUAAUUCCCUUUCAAUGUUUCCAUCGUCGUCGAAUGGCCAUUGCUCGUCUUAAAAAAAACUAUCCCUUUCAUUUUCUCGCCACAGAAAGAUCUACUUGCAUAUUUCUCGCAUAAUAACUCAGUCGCAGAGGUAUUAUUUGAGUCAUUUUCGUUCGAUAUGGAAGUGUAUGUAAUAGACGGAAGUAUCAAGCGAAUAAUGGUUGCUACGAUUAAAUUAUGAUCGUUUUGAAGACGAGAAUAAAGUAGAAACGAGAGAGCGAAUUUUUCCUUUUUUUUCGAAGAAACGCUGUGGUGCACAUUUCUUUAAAGGGACAAUUGUCGAGUGAUCAAAUCAUCCCAAUUCUUCAUUGUCAGGAUUAUCACGAAUUAGUCCCAAGGAACAUUCCCGAGGAACGUUUCUUAGAAAGAAUCGACCGAGUUAGUUUGCUUUCGCGAAAACUUGACUAUUUUUAAACGUUUACAUUCUUGAUAGUUAUUUUGUGAAGGAGAUUUUUAUUGCGUGAGGAAUGAUGUAUAACAUUUUAAAUGAGGUCAUGCUUUAUUUUCUGUGGGACAAUUUGAGAGCCGCGUCUUCUACUCUAUUCUUCAUAACAAUAUUUCGGCUAAUUUUAUUUUUACAGGUCAAAGUAAUGUUCUAGAAGCUUAAAGAAACCGGGGAAAGUAUAAAAGUCGAUUUUGGCCGGCGGGUGAGAAAUACAACAAAUGUAAUUUUCAAAUUAAAAAUUCUAGGCGACACGUAAUUUAGUUAGCAUAAAAAAAUGACGGGGGAAUGAAGGCUCUGUUGUAGGUUUCAACUGGCAAGACUAAGUCUUGUGCACAUUACUGUUAAUUAUUUCCAAAAAAAUUGAUUGUUGAUUUCUUCAAAUAUUACCCAGUUUUCCGAUAUAAACGCAGAUUUUUUGUGCUAGCUGGAUGGCAGGGAAGUUCUAAUCGGUUUAGAUUUUAGUAGAUACUAACAUUUAACGAUUAGCAGUCCAACAAUGCGUUGACGUUUGAGUAUAAGUGAGUUUCGUAGCUUGUGAGUGGCUUAUGUGAAUUUGAAAAGCGUUUUUCUUGUGCUUUACGUUAGAAACCUAGGUGUCUGUAAACGCUAACUUGAUUCCAAGAAAAAAAUCAAAAACAAAAAUUCAAAAUCUCUUGGCUAACGUAUUAUUCUGCAAAUAGCUGUACAUUCAAUUAAUUUAGUUCGAGACUUCGGUUAAUUCCAUUUCACACCAUUACAUUGUAAUUUAUUUCAGAGAAAUUUGAAACAAUUGUUUGUGAAAAACAUGAAAUAAAAUUUAAAAUC